AUGGGUGGGUGCUGUCAAAAUUUUUGCAAGGAAUUUAAAGCAUUUGCGCUUCGUGGAAGUGUUAUCGAUUUAGCGAUUGGCAUCAUCAUUGGAACUGCGUUCGUCAAUGUCGUUCAAUCACUUGUCGAUGAUGUUAUCACCCCUCCAUUAGGUUUAGUCUUAGGUGGUGUUGACUUUGUCAAUUUAACCAUCAAGAUGAAGAAUUUCGUCUACAAAAAUCAACCGCCGGUAGUCAUUCGCUAUGGAAAAUUCAUUCAAACAAUAAUCUCGUUACUCAUUGUGGCACUCGCAUUAUUCUUUGUCAUUAAAGCUAUUAAUAAAGUGCAUAAACUUGCUACACGAAAGAAAGCCGGCAAAGAAGGUGAAGAAUUGGUGCAACUUGAAAUGGAUGAUCAAAAAGUGCUAAAUAUAGAAUCCAUGUACGACGAUCCACAACUCUUCCAAGUGAACGUCACACUUGACGCCAACAAUGCCCGCAACGAUCCACUUGUCACUGCCGAGCACAUCGAAGAAGGUGCGAAACAAACGCCAGUUUUGAAUCAUUUGGUAUGUGGGAAAAAUAAGUACGAUCAAGGAGCAGUCUAUCAAGUUUUACUUACUCGUGCGAACGAUCCAAGGGACAUCGCAGAUCUUUACCAUCAGCUUGCAUCAACUCGAGAUCGAGAAGAUAAAUUCGAAGAAGCCAUUCAAUUUUACCAAAAAGCAUUAGAAAUUGAUCGAGAAAAUCCUCAUCCUGAUUUUCUCAACCUGGCUGCGUCGUACAAUAAUCUCGGAAUGAUCUAUGGAAAACUAGGUAGAUUCGAAGACGCAUUACAGUAUUUUGAAAAAUCUCUCUUUAUCAAACUACAAAUUCUCCCCUUGAAUCGUCUCGAACUAUGCAGUUCCUAUAACAAUAUCGGCAUUGUCUAUCGUAAUAUCGGUCAUCAUUUCAAAGCGUUGUUCUACUAUGAGAAAGCACUUGAAAUACAACUACAGUCGCUUCCUUCCGAUCAUCUCGAUCUCUCAAUGUCAUAUAACAAUAUCGCUGCUGUCUACCUAAAAAUAGGCGAUUAUAUCAAAGCAAUUUCGUACUAUGAAAAAUCGCUUGAAAUCAAACAACAAUCUUUACCGAGAGAUCAUCCUGAUUUGAGUAUGUUAUACAAUAAUAUUGGCAUAUCAUAUCGUCAUAUGGGUAAUUAUACAAAAGCUCUCAGUUAUUACAAACGAGUUUUGGAAAUCCAACAAACGCUCCGGGCAAAUCACCCGAAUUUAGCUAUUUCUCACAAUAACAUCGGUGCACUCUACGAAAAAAUGGGUGAUUAUUCACGAGCACGAGCGUGCUAUAGACUCGCUUUCGAUAUUGCCCAACAGUCAUUACCAACAACGCAUGCACAUUUUCGAUUGUAUAAAAAGAACUUCGAUCGACUGAAAGGUGAACUAUGA